UUCAAUCUUCCAAGGAGGUCGCUGUGUACCGCUGUGUAAAAUACGGAAACAAUACUCUAUAUUUGAAUGGGAUAUCACAUUUGUUUAUUUUUUAGUGAAAAUAUUAGUAUAGUUUUAAGUCGAAUUUAAUUUCUUAAUGGAGUAUAUACCAAAAGGAUAAUUCAAUGGAGAAAAUACAAGAUCAGGAACGUUUAGCAACUCUUAUUCACCAGUGGAAUCAAGACCACUAUGAUAUUUUCGAACUUAGUAGGCCAAACGAGAACUUGGAAUUCCAUGGUGUAGUGAGAUUUUAUUUCCAAGAUGGUGCAAAUGUAGUGACAAAAUGUAUACGUGUAGCCAGUACUGCCUCCACAAAGGAGGUCGUGGAUGUUUUGAUAGAGAAAUUCCGUCCAGAUAUGAGAAUGCUGACAAGAACUUCAUAUGCUUUGUAUGAAGUCCACGUUAAUGGAGAUGAAAGAAGAUUAUUAGACAAUGAAAAAGUAUUAUUUGUUCAACUUAACUGGGGCAAAGAUGUCAGAGAGGGACGAUUUCUCCUUAAACAAGAGGGUGUUCCUACGAUAUCAGCCAUGGAUAAAGAAAAUACUGGUGCUGGUAAAACAUUCACCAGAAAACUGUCUAAAAGAGAGAAGAAAGAAAAGAAAAAGCAAGAUAAACAGAAACAGAAGGACCAUGGUGGAGGUUUAGCUGACAAGCUGUAUACAGAUAUGCCUGAGUCAAAGUUCACUAGGUCUAUCUCCAAUCCCGAGGCUGUCAUGAAAAGGAGAAGACAGAUGAAAGUAGAGAAAAAAUUACAACAGUGCAGAGGACAGGAUGGACAAGGUGGAACAUUAAAGAUUUAUGGUGAGACAUUAAGACCAGACAUUCCUUAUAAAACAUUACUUCUAUCUACUGGUGAUGAUGUGGAGUAUGUCAUCAAAGAAGCUUUAGAAAAAUAUGAUCUGGAUAGAGAAGAUCCAUCAGACUUUUGUCUCUUCCAGGUAUUGGUACCAACAGGAGAAAGAGAAUAUCAUGGAGGAGCCAUUGGUCAAGAAAGGGUGAUGGAACCACAUGAAUGUCCUCUGGGUAUUGCUAUGAGAUUUCCACCUAGCGAAGGAACAGUCAUGUUUCAGUUAAAGAGACGUCCUGCUGAUUCCAAAAAAACAAAACAUAAAAAGAUCAGAGCUGUCUCUCAUGAGGAUUUACGACCUACUAAAGACACUAUACCACCUCACCAAUUACCAUAUCUGGUGGAGUUAAACCCUGAUGGAUCAGAUAAUCCUAAAGGGAAAGUUUGUAGACUAAAUAUGAAGUUUACUGAAGUAGGAACAGAUAGAAAUAUGUUGAUACAGCUUCAUGGUCCUAAUGUACAGCCAAGACACUGUGUGAUUGGCCUGACUCAGUCGGAUGGUAUUGUUACUAUCACACCAACAAGUCCAGAAUCAGAAACUAUCGUUAACAACCAGCGGAUCCAGGAGACUACGACACUAAGACAUGGAAUGACACUCAGAUUUGGAAAACUGAAUGUCUUUAAAUUUAUGGACCCUCAUUUUGAGGAGAAAAUGAGGAAAGGACAGAUGCCAAUGGAUUUCCAGCAAAAAAGACCUGGACCCCAGCAUCCACCACAUGCUAAAGUACAUGAGACUAAUUUUGAUGUUGAUGGUAAAGUGGAAUCACUGGGAAGUUCUUCUCCUAGAGGUAGUGAUAGGGGACCUGAACCUAUGGAGGUUCAACAGAAAAGGCCUCCACCCAGUCAGACAUCUCCACGUGAUAUGGUAGAUGGGCGACCACCUCCAUCAAGACAAGAGGAUGCUCUUCCUGCUGUGUUAGAAUUUCGUGAAGAUAAGGAAGAUGGUUUCCUUAGAUCUGUUAUACUGGAAAUCAACUCUUCUGGUACCCAGUUUAAACUGGCUCCGACCUAUACGUCUUACAUGGCAGUAAGAUAUUGUAUAUCUGGUGGAUACAGACCAGACAUGUCACCACACGACAGGGCUCACAGAGUUACUGGACUUGUUAAUAAGAUAUCUCAUUUAGUACACCAAGCAGUCCAAAAUAAUCGAGAUAACCCAGUAGCAUUAGCUUUAUGGAUGGCUAACGCGUCAGAGAUAUUGAAUUUUUUCAAACAAGACCAUGAUAUACAUCCCUUCAGUCUGGAAGCCCAGGAGAUUCUAGCUGAAUCAGUACAGUUAGCUUUCCAUCACCUAGUCAAUUGUCUACAGUAUGACCUACAGAGAACAAUGACUGCCUUCCUGGACGAGAAUGAUGCUGCUGAUGAUGAUGAAGUGGGAGAUGAUCGUCAUCGGUAUGCAGGUAAACCAACUCUAGGUGAUGUGUUAGACACAUUAUCAUCAGCAAUGAACUUAUUACGUAGAUGUCGAGUAAACGCUGCACUGACCAUUCAACUCUUCUCUCAGUUGUUCCAUUAUGUAAAUAUGUGGUUAUUUAAUGUGCUAGUGACAGAAAAGAGAGUGCAGCUGUGCACAAGGUCAUGGGGAAUGAGACUAAAGAGGCGAUUGGGUAGAGUGGAGGCAUGGGCAGAAAAACAAGGACUAGAACUGGCAGCUGAUUGUCAUCUCUGUAGGAUUAUUCAGGCUGCCCAUUUACUUGAAGCUCCAAAGAGUAGUGCUGAUGACAUCGCCAAUAUUUGUUCCACAUGUUUUAAACUAAACUCACUACAGCUGCGUGAGUUACUCCAGCAGUACAUUCCAGAACCUAAUGAGCCACCCAUUCCACAAAACUUAAUCGACCAAGUCGUUAGAGUAGCAGAAAACAUGGAGGACGAGAAAAUAAAAUCUGAUGGUCGAGAUGUUCGUCUGGAGGAAGAUCCAGAUUUACAAUUACCGUUCCUACUUCCUGAAGAUGGUUAUUCAUGUGAUACUAUCAGAGGCAUUCCGAAUGGACUGGGAGAAUUCGUGGAACCAUUGUCACGAGCUGGUGUGUGUAGAAUGGUAGCACAGCCAGGGUCCACUGGAGAAUGGACAGUAUAUAUGAAUGUUGAUGAUGGGGCCAAUAUAGAACAGGCUAUACGUAAAAACCAACCAAACCAACCAAACCAACUCCAGCAUGGUGGUUCUCCUCCAGACCAGAAACCUCCGAUGUCUAAGGAACCAGAAGUUGCUGUUAUAUCAUUUGGCAAAGUCAAAGGCAGCAUGGGGCUCAGUAUUGUGGCAGCUAAGGGAGAUAACCAGAAAGAAAGAGGAAUUUACAUAAAAUCUGUGGUGACUGGUGGUGGAGCUGAUAUUGAUGGACGUUUACAGUCAGGUGACCAGUUAUUAGAGGUUGAUGGGAAGAGUUUGGUUGGAUUAACACAAGAAAGAGCAGCAGAAUUAAUGACCCAUACAGGACAGACCGUCAAAUUAAAGGUGGCUAAACAAGGAGCAUUUUAUCAUGGACUAGCCACACAAUUAAGUCAACCAUCACCUGUGAUGCAGCGAGCAGCAACAAAGAAACCAUCUUCACCUCAGGCUACAAAGCACCGACCAGCCGAUGAAGGCCCUCCUCCAUAUACACAGGACGGAAUGGACAGGCGUCAUAUGCCACCUGGUGGCCAUCGAGAACAGCCACCUUUUGACAAACGUCUCCAGAAUGCUGCACAUAGCAGAUCAUCGCCAGCAUUAAAUAAAUACCGCCAUGGUGUGACCCACAAGGAUAUGGAAUCAAUCUAUGGAAGGAACCAGGGUUUAUGGAGGAUUGUGUUAGAAGCAGAACUCCAAGAUUUAAAAUCUCGAUCUCCGACUGCAAGACAAAGAGACCUUAAAGAGAGAAGACAGCGUAGUAAAAGUAUCACAUCGGUAGAGGAAGCCAGAAGAAAUUUCCACUAUGACAAUAAAAAGGCUUCAAAUAAUGGCUUAAAUGAAAAUAUUCAUGACGAAAUUCGUAGAAAAGCUAAAUGUUUGAUAAAAAGAGACGAUGUUGAUCUACGUCUUCUACAAAAAGAGGUCCAAAAUCUGAAAACAACAGACUUUAAAAAUCCUCCUGUCAAUAAUAACUUAAUUAGAAGACACAAACGUAGUCAGUCGUUCAGGGAAUUAUCUAGUUCUAAACGUGAACACAAUUUACCCAAUGAUGACUUUCAAUUCAAUCAAAAUUACGAUCCAAACUAUAUGAAAAAUUUAUUUAUUACAAGCCGAGUGAAGAAUGUGAACCACAAUCCCCAAUAUAGGUCUGAUAUAAGGAAUGUGGUCAAUCAGCAGGUAGAACACAUUCAGGAUAGGUCAAAACAUACUAAUGGCCAUCCAGGGUAUGAUACAAAUACAUUAGAUUCUACUCUGUCUUCUUACCAAUCAUUUAAAGACAAAUGUUUCCGAACAAAUAUUCUCAGUAAUUCUGAUAGCGGAUUCAGUGAGCCUUCGGUCUCAUCACUUAGUCAGCACACUAGUCAGAGAAGUUUGGCCAAACCUAUGUCUUCUCACGGAAGACGCCAGGUACAAAAACCAGACUAUAGAAGAACAAAGUCAUUAACUUCAUUAGAAAGCUCCCACAAUUCCAUGUUUGGAUUUAUGAAUAGUACAAUGGCAGAAGAAGACAGGAUGUCUAACAGCAGUUCAAAUAAUUCUGAAUUUGUGUAUAAUGUAAAACAGAACGUGAUUACACGAAAUCCUAGGAGUAAAUGUAUAACUAAUAGUACAAGAAUGUAUGACGGUGUUGGUCCAGGUCCAGAGAGAAGAGGUCCACCAACUUCAAUGCCUCCAUCACAACCAGAUAGAUUUCAGCAUAGAGACCCACGAGAAAUAGACCCGAAGUCAAAGUCUAUGGCAAACCUACGUAUGGAACAACCUUAUGAUCCAAGAGACCCUCAUCAAAUGAUGAGGCCUGCUGCCUCUGUUGGUGCUCUUCAGAAUGCUGGUCAACCGAUCAAUGAUUAUUACAACCAAGGUGAUCGUAGGAAUGACCCAAGAGGACAUGAUUAUGAAAAUCACCAAAACUUAGAUACAAGACUACAGAAAGGUCCCAUAGAUCCAACUAGAAACGAAAGAAACUUUCCUCAAAAUACAAUCGAAAGACAACCUCCAUCUUCACGGACUUCAAAUUCAAGUUACAGAGAAGAACGUCCACAAUCUGCAUACUUUGGACAACAACCUGAACGCCAUGAUUCUAGAACAGACAGACCUCAUUCUAUGGAGAUGAAUGCUAAUAAGGUCCAUGAGUGGCAGCAAAAAUAUGGCAUGGACCCCGGACAAAAUUCUCCACAUAAUCACAGUUUCGAACAUCGAGAUCCGAAUUAUAUGAACACUCGUCCACCUGUCACUGCACAACAGGCUGGAUAUGUAAACCAAGGUGACAUUCCUAGAUUAAAUGCAAACAAUGAGUCAUAUCAGCCAAACUUUUAUGAAAAUACUGUUCCACGACAAAACGGUAAUUCUCCAGCAUUUCAACAGUUACGUGGUCCAGGUAUUGAGUUUGAUAAGUCAAAGUCACUCCCUAAUGUAAAUAAACCUCACGUGGCACCCAAACCAAUUUCACAAAAAAUGCCGCACGUUGACAUUCCAAAAGUGGAAGUUGAUAAUCGUCAAACUCAACCUCACUUCUUUGAUCCAAGACUACAGGCUGCUGAUCAAAGAUCACCACGUACCUCACAGCCUAAUUUCAGUCCAAGUAUGACAGGCAUUCCAACUAGUACAAGCUAUGCAGACGCCCAUUCACCAAUGAGCCGCCCUAUCAAGAAGAUUUCUCCUGGUAGAGAAAUGUAUAAUACACACAGAAGUCCAGAACUUCCUCCACCUCCUCAAGAUAUACCGCCCGAAUUACCACCACCUCCUGCAAUGGAUGACUUGACAGAGGAGUUGCCUCCAUUACCGCCACCACCUGUGCAGGAAUACCCUGGUCACGGUGAUCCACAAUAUGUCAACCAAGGUGAUGCUCGUGUUAAUUUAAAUGGGCCUCAACCAUAUCAUCAUCCAUCAUUCAACCCUCAUCAACCAACACACAUGUUUCAGCCGCCAGGUCGACAGGAUAAUCCUCAGCGGAAUGUGGGUAUCACGCAACCACAACGUCAGCAACCAACAAAAGGCCUGGUGUCACAACCACCACAGAGAUUUCAAACGAACCAUGAUUAUCAGAACAUAACAUACGACAAUAAAAAUCAAAAUCGUUCAUUCGACUCACCCCAUCACCAAUCACCUAAUCACAUCACAUAUGAACAACAUGACCACAGAGCACAGACUCUGCCUGGAAAUAUGUCUGGUCUUCAACAGAACAUGAUACAACAAAACCAAAUGUUAAUUCAACAGGGUAAAGUUCGUAUAGUUCAAGAAAUGCAAGAUAGGACAAAAGAUGGAAAAGUUGGUCCUAGCUCUCCUUGGGAUAGAGAAGAACAGGAAAAACAAGAAAAAAUGAAGGAGGAGGAAGUCAUUCGAUCUAGGAAUGAGGAAAUUGCAUUCUUAGAAGCCAAGUCAUACCUUUCACCGCAGGAACAGGAUAGAUUGAGGAAGUUGAGAUUUGAACAGGAAUUUCAGCGACGAGUUGAAGAGGUAGCUAGUCGUGAAGAUGAUGAUGAUGACUCAGAUACAGAAAUGACAAGAACUUCUCAUGGUCGUGAGUUUUUAAUAACAUCCAUUAGAGAUGAUAUUCAUAAAGCGCAGAAACGAAUGAAAGAUUUAGAAACUAGACAACAUUUUGAGGAAUAUGAGAAAGAAAAAGAUAGGAUGCAAAGACUUGAAAGAAAAUUAGAAAUAUUUGAGAGGGAAAGACAAGAACGACAGGAGAGACUUCAGAAACAACAAGAGCGAAAACAGAGGGAACAUGAUGAAUAUUUGCGCAAACAAAAGAAAGAGCAGGUAGAUAAUUUAGAGUUACGAGAGAAACAAAGACAGGAAUAUGAAGCCAAUAAACGUGUUCAUAUACAGGAAGCUGAGAAACUACAGCAGAGAAAGGAAGAGGAGCUACAACGAAGAAAAGAAAUGGAAAGGGAACAAUUACAGAGAAUGCAGGCUCAGAGGGAUGCUGAGGAGGCAGCCUUGAGGGCAGAGGCUAGGAGACGUGAGGAGGAAUACAGACGAGAAGAAAUGGAACGACAGAGGGAGAAAGAACGACAGGAACAAAGAGAAAUAAGAGUUAAUGAAGAAAGAAAAAGACUUGAAAAUAUGUCAAAUAAUAGUCACACAGGUUAUCAACCUUACGCAAACUUGCCAGCUCAGUCACAGUUUGAAAAAGGAGCCCCUCCUCCUCCACAGAGAGGAACAUCAUCGUAUGAAAUGGCUAAUCAGUCAUUCGGAAAUCGUUCUAACAUUCAGACCAGUGUUCCAACUAAUAAUGUAAAUAAUUAUCGUGGAAUGUCUACGUCACGUUCUCAUCCUGGUCCAGAAAUUAGUGCUCCACCUGGAAUGAUACCUAAAAAAUCAGUUUCAUUUAACACACAACCAGACACUCAUUUGUAUACCCCUCAUGGUUCUCAGUCGUCAUACAGAACAUCGUCAGUUUCAUCAGACACGAACAAUGUUAGUUUCGAACAAAAUAUGCCAUUACAGAGUCAAAAUGAUUCUGUGUUUAACAAUUCACCACAACAAAAUCAUGUGGAAGCUAAAUAUAGAACAUCAGAAAAUACCCCUGGCGUUAUUGGUUCACAGGAAAUAUACAGAGAUCCUAGAAACCGAAUAGCAGCUCAGAAAGAGGCUAACAGUAAAAAGGGGCCUGGGGCUGAACGAAUGUCAUUUAGAGAUAAAAUGAAAUAUUUCGCUGCAGAAGCAGGAGAAAAUACUCCAAAAGAAAAACCCAAAGCUUCACGGACAUUGAGAAAUAUAGAAUCUCAGCUACAUAAUGGACAGUGAACAAAUCUACAGAGGACAUUUUAUUUUUAUAAAGGCAUUUUAUUGGAUUUUUUAAGUUGUCAGAAUAUUUCUUUUUAGUAUAUUUCCAGUAUGUAAAUAAUUAAAUACAAGAAUAUAGACACAUCAUAUUGCACACUAGGACUUUUUCAUGUACUUCAAUUAAAGGUGUUACUAAAAAGAAAUAGUUCUGAUGUUAUUUCUCUAGAAAAAGUUUCGUGCUUUCAUAUAAUACUUGGAUGAAGAAAAUUGGCAGAACAAAUUUUUCUUUGAAUUUUUCUAGAGAAAUUAAUGUUUGGUUAUAUAUAUAUAUCAUGUGAUUUGUAAAGUGAACGAUAUUAUUUGUCAACUUUUAUAUUACACUGUUAUAGAUUGUGAUGCUUUUACUUUGCAAAUUUAUUUCACUUUAUAAAGAUUGGGUUGUUAAUUAUUUUAAUAUGAAAUAGCAUUUUCUUUUUUUGAAUGAGAAUGGUUGUAUGAAUGAAGGUUGUCACUGCUGGAAUAUUUUUUUUUAUUAUUUACUGAAGUCAAGUCAUGUUAAUCAUGAAUAUAAUUAUUUUUUAAUAUGCAUACAUUUAUACAAAAUAAUACAAAAAGCAUUAACUCUUACACAGAGAUUAUUAUACAGGAAAUUUUCACUUUGUUUUACAUUGUCUGUAUGCUAUUAAAAACAGUAUUACAAAAGAAAUUUGAAACACCUUGAGUAGAUUACUAGAAUAUCCUAUUAUUAACAAUAUUUGAAAAUAAUAUCUUUAUAUAAAGGGAAGGCUAUAAAAGGAAGUAAAGAUUAAUGAAAUAAUUAUACCAAAUUUAUGUAUAACUCUUUUAUUUUUAGUCCUUAUGUGGUAUGUUAACUUCACAGUUAAGACUUUUUUUACCCUGUAAUAUGCAUUUUUAAGAGUGCCUUUUUUCAGCUGAAAUUCAGUUUAUAAGGUACAUAUAAUGCAUUUUAUUUAUCAAACAGAAGUUUGAUUUGUUGAAUGUUAUAAGUAUCAGAAUAAAUGUGUACAAAAGGUAGAAAUGUCUGAAAAUGUAUUUGUUGAAAGUGAAAUUGAAUGGGUUGUUAUUUUAUAUAUUGUUUUUUCUUUUAAAGGUGUAUAUAAAAUUUCCAUAUGUAUAUAUGUAAAUAAGAAACAAAUUUUAAAAAGCAACAUAUAUAUUAUAUAUUCCACAUACAUUACAUUUCCAUCGUUUACAUUCUAUAAAUCUAUAUAUAUGUAAUAAUAGUACUAAAUUUAUGCACAAAUAUUAAGCUUUUUGUAUUUUAUUUCCUCCUGUGAAGGAGCACCAUUUAAGAAAUUAUGGAUGUGAGAUCAGGAUAGAUAGGUUGUAAAUCGAUGUUAAAUAAAUAGGUGUUUCUUAAUGAUAUGUAUUACAUAACUGUCCAUUUUGAAUUAGAUUUCUUGUAUUUUCCCCCUUUCUCUCUUAAUUAGAAAAUUGUAAGCAUUUUACUACAAAUAACAAUUUUCUAUCUCAAAUCUCUAAUUGAUAGAAAAACCAAUGUCAACACACUAUAUUAAUUUAUGCAUCAUUAUUAAAAGAAUUAUUUGAAUAAAUUAAAAUUCAAGCAAACUUGAAAUAUGUGUUUAGGGUUUUUUGCAGGAGGGAUAUGAAAUAUUUUGUAUGAUUAUCUCCUUCAUGGAACACGGAAGUUGUAUUUUAUUUAUUGUUUUGGUAUCUUAAUUUGUUUUACCCUGUGUAAUCUGGAACACCUGACCAUUGUAAAUCAAGGUGUCCACACUAUACAGGUAGUAUAUAUUGUGACAUAAUUUCAUAUUAACCAAGUUGUUUAACAACUGCAUAUAUCAUAUCAUGUGCUAGGUUGGUGAAGUAUAGGUUUAUUUAUGCAGUGCUAGGAUACCAUGUAGAAAUUUGGUUUACACAGUAGAAUUUUAUUAUUUUUGAUAUUUCCAUUUAGAAAGUUUAUUACUACAAAUUGGGAUAAGAAACUAUUUUUAUAGCUCAAAUGAAAAUAAAAUUUUCAAAUACAUGUAAAAGGUCAGAUUAAGUGUGAUCAAAUUCUAUAUUAUCAUUUUUAGAUUAAUUCAGUAUUACAAAGAUUUGUUCACAUUUCAAACUAAUGUAGAUUUAUAAACAAUAUGAUAUGGUUUAAGUUAUUUCUAAUAUACAGAAAAAAUACACCUUAAUAUAUACUUGGGGAGGACUGUAGUUGUGUACCACAUUUCCUUGAGAUUAUAUUUAUAUUUUGGAGUGUUCUUUAAAAAAUAAACUGGAAGAUAUUCAAGAAUUGUAUUUUGAAUAUAAGGAAUUCAUGUUAUAGUUUCCAAUCUUAUUUGCACUAUUUUUCCCAGAAAAGUGUAAAAUCCUUUUUCUUCAAGCUUGUUUGCAUUUGAUGGGACAAUGUUUAAAAUGAAAUUAUUCUGUGGACAUUCAGAAAACAACAUAGCCAUGAGAAAAAUUUGAUUUCUUGAAUCAUAACAAUGUCUUUUGAAAGAACCAUAUUUAAUAUAUUUAUUCGAAAUUUCUAACACAACUAAAUAGUCCAAACGAAUAAAUACUUUUGAUUCAAUGGAUAACAGACUAUAAUUUAAAAAAAAGUUGGAUAUAUAUAAAAGAUAUAGUAAUAACUUUAUAGACACGGAAGUGAUAAUCAGUUUUACUUAUGAAUAUAUAUAACAUAAAAUUGAGAAUGGAAAUGGGGAAUGUGUCAAAGAGACAACAACCCAACCAAAGAGGAGAAAACAGACCAAGGCCACCAAUGAGUCUUCAACACAGCGAGAAAAUCCCACAAUUUAUAUUAAAACAUUCACCCACAGAAGUAUUCUUUGCUUUCAAGUCAUUGAAAUUUUUAUUUUCUAUCGCUGCAUAAAAUGUUAAGUGAAAUAAAGAAGUAUUUACAUAAAACAUAUUAACUUCUCUAUUAUAAACACAGAAAAUCAGUUUAAUAUUUUAUUUGUAGGAAUAGGACAAAUCUAAAAUAAAACUGCAUAUAAAUGAAAAAUUGAAAAGAAUUAAAAACACAAAGAUUUAAUUUGAACUAUUCAUUUAAUCCCUUCAGUCUUAGAUAGUGUCAUUAUAUAAAACUGACCAACUACAUUGCAUUUUAUGUAAACAUUCAACUUCUGGCUUGCCAAAAUUAUUUCAGAUUUCAGUAGGUAUUUCUUUUAAGUUGUUAAGAUUGAAAAAGAUGGGAUAUUUGAUUCAUCUCAAAUUGGCAUCAGUUCCACGAUAUGAUUAUUAUCACAUAAUUAACUCCAAACUUUAUUUCUGUAAUUUGAUUAAUUCUCCACAUAUCUGACCACAAGUUUCAGUUCCACAAUGUGAUUAUUUAACUCGCAACAUAUCUGACCACAAGUUUCAGUUCCACAAUGUGAUAUCUGACCACAAGUUUCAGUUCCACAAUGUGAUUAAUUAAUUUGCAACAUAUCUGACCACAAGUUACAGUUUGACGAUGUGAUUAUUUGACCACAUAUCAUUAUAGUACAUGGUUGUGACACUCAUUCAUUGGUUGUGAACUUUGUACAUGAAACAAACAUGUUAUUGAUACUAGCAGUAAUACUAAAUAAAAAUAUAAUAUAUCAAA